GCGGAGCCAAGAUGCGGCUGAUCGCGGCAGCCCUCCUUGUGGUCCUCGUGUCGUCGGCGACGAUACGAAAGCCGCUUCCGUACCCGAGCCGCCAGACCCUCGACGCCGAAAAGAAUGUGCGAGGAGUGCUUGACACGGUCCGCCUGAUCGAGUCACGCAUGCGGAGCCUGAAGACCCAGAAGCAGGACCAAACCGUCAGCCGCCUGCACGGCCUCAUAGCAGCGGCCGAGUGGCAAGCACACACCCUGCUGCAGCAGCACGGGUCGGCUGAGGCGGCCCAAGCUCUGGUGACCGCCGCUCACGAGGCGGCGCAGGGACUGCGCGCUCUUGCCGCAGGCACCACUGAUGUCGAGGCCGGCCUGCACGCCGUGCUCUCCGAAGUGCUCGUUGUGCUGCACCAGCUGGGCGCAGUCCAGGAUGGAGAGCAGCUGGACGUCACCACGCCCAUGUCUUUUCUGGACAAGAUCCUGGAGGAGCUGCAGUCGUUGGUGGACAAGUACUUGCCCAUCCUUGGGCCAAUCAUAGGCCUGACGGAGAAGCAGGCUCUGGAGGCGCGCAAGCAGUUCGACAAGUUCGUGGCGGACGUGGAGGCGCUGGAGCACGGCCAGGUGCCAACAACCGACGGCCUCGAAGCUAUGAUCACUGACAUCCUCGAGAUUCUGAAGAUCCUUGGUAUUGACUACAAUGCGCCUACUGACGAUACGCCGACCGCGCUCGACGGUUUGUUGGCCCAGCUGGAAUCUGCACUGGAUACCGUGCUCGGGCUUUUGGGCCCGAUCCUGGGCCUGACCGACGACCAGAUCAAGGCCGCCGAGCACGGCGACGUCGACGUGGACGGCGGUCUGGAGACCGUGCUGAUGGACCUCGUCAAGAUCCUGCACGAAUUCGGCAUCCAGACCAGCCUUAGUUUCGACGUUCAGGGCACCACGGCUCCGUCGGUCAUCGACUUGAUCUUGGAGGAGCUGAAGCACGUUGUGGACACCUACAUGCCAAUUAUCGGCCCGGCGAUCGGCAUCACCAAAGAAGAGUACGAAUCCAUCAUAACCAACUUCGACAAGUUCGUCGCCGACAUCGAGGGCAUGGAGCACGGCACAAUUGAGAUCGCCGACGGCGUCAUCGACAUCUGCACCGACAUCCUACAUGUUCUAGAGGCCUUCGGAGUGGAUGCCACAGUUCCCUCCACGGACGCUCCGACCACACUCGACGAGGUGCUCUUUUGGCUGGAGGAAGCGCUCAACGCCGUGCUCGACAUCGUCGGCGUCUUCAUGGGGCUCGACUACGACCAGACCAAGCAGGUGGAGGCCGACCUUCACGUGCUGAUGGCUGACAUCCGUGCCCUGGGCGACGGCCAGAUUGACGUGGACGGAGGUCUGGAGGCCAUCCUGCUCGACAUCCUCAAGAUCUUGGGCGACUUUGGCAUACCGACCGACCACCUAGCGUCCAGCGACUCCACCGACCCGACCCCCGUGGAUAAAAUCCUGGAGGAGCUGAGGGCCAUCGUAGACAAGUAUCUGCCGAUCCUGGGACCGAUCAUCGGUCUGACCCAGGAACAGGUUGAUGCGGUCGUCUCCAACUUUGACAAGUUUGUAGCCGACGUCGAGGCUCUGGAGCACGGCACCGUUGACAUCUCCACCGGAAUCGAGAGCAUGGUUACCGACAUCAUUGAGAUCCUGAGGGCUCUGGGCAUAGACCACACCAACCCCACUGACGACACACCGACCGGUCUGGACGGUCUGUUGACAAAGCUGGAGGGUCUUCUGGACAAGCUGCUCGAGUCUCUGGGGCCGGUGUUGGGUCUGACUGAUGACCAGAUUAAGGCUGCUGAGGCUGACAUUGACACGCUCAUCAAGGACAUCGAGUCGGCCGAACACGGACACACCGACAUCGACACCGCGCUAGAGAAGAUCCUGACGGACGUGCUGAAUAUUCUGAAGGACUGCGGAGCUCCUAUUCUUUCCACAGCUGAUCCGAGCCCUAUUGACAAGAUUCUGGAGCAGCUGCAAGCUCUCGUGGACAAGUAUCUACCGAUCCUCGGACCGAUCAUCGGUCUGACCCAGGAACAGGUCGAUGCGGUCGUCUCCAACUUUGACAAGUUUGUAGCCGACGUCGAGGCUCUGGAGCACGGCACCGUUGACAUCUCCACUGGAAUCGAGAGCAUGGUUACCGACAUCAUCGAGAUCCUGAGGGCCCUGGGCAUAGACCACACCAACCCCACUGACGACACACCGACCGGUCUGGACGGUCUGUUGACAAAGCUGGAGGGUCUUCUGGACAAGCUGCUCGAGUCUCUGGGGCCGGUGUUGGGUCUGACUGAUGACCAGAUUAAGGCUGCUGAGGCUGACAUUGACACGCUCAUCAAGGACAUCGAGUCGGCCGAACACGGACACACCGACAUCGACACCGCGCUAGAGAAGAUCCUGACGGACGUGCUGAAUAUUCUGAAGGACUGCGGAGCUCCUAUUCUUUCCACAGCUGAUCCGAGCCCUAUUGACAAGAUUCUGGAGCAGCUGCAAGCUCUCGUGGACAAGUAUCUACCGAUCCUCGGACCGAUCAUCGGUCUGACCCAGGAACAGGUCGAUGCGGUCGUCUCCAACUUUGACAAGUUUGUAGCCGACGUCGAGGCUCUGGAGCACGGCACCGUUGACAUCUCCACUGGAAUCGAGAGCAUGGUUACCGACAUGAUCGAGAUCCUGAAGGCUGACGACACACCGACCGGUCUGGACGGUCUGUUGACAAAGCUGGAGGGUCUUCUGGACAAGCUGCUCGAGUCUCUGGGGCCGGUGUUGGCUGAUCCGAGCCCUAUUGACAAGAUUCUGGAGCAGCUGCAAGCUCUCGUGGACAAGUAUCUACCGAUCCUCGGACCGAUCAUCGGUCUGACCCAGGAACAGGUCGAUGCGGUCGUCUCCAACUUUGACAAGUUUGUAGCCGACGUCGAGGCUCUGGAGCACGGCACCGUUGACAUCUCCACUGGAAUCGAGAGCAUGGUUACCGACAUCAUCGAGAUCCUGAGGGCCCUGGGCAUAGACCACACCAACCCCACUGACGACACACCGACCGGUCUGGACGGUCUGUUGACAAAGCUGGAGGGUCUUCUGGACAAGCUGCUCGAGUCUCUGGGGCCGGUGUUGGCUGAUCCGAGCCCUAUUGACAAGAUUCUGGAGCAGCUGCAAGCUCUCGUGGACAAGUAUCUACCGAUCCUCGGACCGAUCAUCGGUCUGACCCAGGAACAGGUCGAUGCGGUCGUCUCCAACUUUGACAAGUUUGUAGCCGACGUCGAGGCUCUGGAGCACGGCACCGUUGACAUCUCCACUGGAAUCGAGAGCAUGGUUACCGACAUGAUCGAGAUCCUGAAGGCCCUGGGCAUAGACCACACCAACCCCAGUGAGUAUUAA